AUGCACAGCAAGGUUGUCAUCAUUGGCUCCGGGCCUGCCGCCCACACGGCCGCCGUCUAUCUGGCCCGUGCCGAGCUCAAGCCCGUCCUGUACGAGGGUUUCAUGGCCAACGGCAUUGCUGCUGGUGGCCAGCUCACCACCACCACCGACAUUGAGAACUUUCCCGGUUUCCCCAAGGGUAUCAUGGGCGGAGAACUCAUGGAGGCUAUGAAGCAACAAUCCGAGCGAUUCGGCACCCAGAUCAUUUCAGAGACCGUCGCCAAGCUCGACGUUUCCUCGCGGCCCUUCAAGUACGAAACCGAGUGGGCACCCGGUACCGUCCACACUGCCGAUGCCAUCAUUCUGGCCACUGGCGCGUCCGCAAAGAGGCUUGGACUUGCCGGUGAGGAUAAGUACUGGCAGAACGGUAUCAGCGCCUGUGCCGUCUGCGACGGAGCCGUGCCCAUCUUCCGUAACAAGCCAUUGGUCGUCAUUGGCGGCGGAGACAGUGCCGCUGAGGAGGCUACUUUCCUGACCAAAUACGGUAGCCACGUUACCGUCCUGGUGCGCAAGGACCAGCUGAGAGCCAGCAGCAUCAUGGCUCAGCGCCUUUUGGAGCACCCCAAGGUCACUGUCCGCUUCAACACCGAGGGUGUCGAGGUCAAGGGUGACGACAAGGGCCUGAUGAGCCACCUGGUUAUCAAGAACAACAAGACGGGCGAGCAAGAGACCAUUGAGGCCAACGGUCUGUUCUACGCUGUUGGUCACGACCCUGCCACCUCCCUGGUCAAGGGCCAGCUCGAGACUGAUGCCGAGGGCUACGUCGUGACCAAGCCCGGUACGCCGCUCACCAGCGUCGAGGGUGUCUUUGCUGCCGGCGACGUGCAGGACAAGAGAUACCGACAGGCCAUUACCAGUGCAGGAUCGGGAUGUAUGGCUGCACUUGACGCCGAGAAGUACCUGUCCGAGUUGGAAGUUGAUGGCCGCGAGGGCGCUGCCAAGGGCAGCUUGUAA